CUGUGACCGUGCAUUCUUAGACUUUCAUACUCACAUGAGAAACAUACACAAUCCACUGAAAGAAUGUUUGGCUUUUGUUUGUGGUGUUCUUGGAGAGCCUUCAAAGAGGCUGUAGAGCUGGUAAAGGCUCAGUCUUGUAGCCUGCACGAUGUUUGGCAGGCAACAGUGUCUGUUGCCUUCAGCCUAUAGCCAUCUAUAAUGUGAGCUAGUGAAAAAAAAAAAAAGAAAAAAAAAUCAGGGAAAAAAAAAAUCCCUCUUAUCGAUUCUGCUUCCAACAUAGCAACUGCUCGCUGAUUGGCCGACGCGCGGCACGUUUUCGGCCUCCCAUUGGCCGCUCGGGUAGCGUGGAGACGGUGGAGUCGGACGGAGACAGAGGGGAGGAGAGACGCUAUUGGCUGCCGCAGCACCGAGAGCGAGAAAACCUCUUUUUCUGAAAGCCUGCGAGACAGUUGAUGGUGUGUGUGUGUUUUAGGCGUGACUCCAGAGGUAAUUCAUCCUGCCAGCCCCCCCGCUCCACCCUUCAGCCAGGACAUAUUUAAAUUGAGAACUAUAAAGCUAAAUGACUAUGAAUUUAAACGAGCGAGUUCCACGGCUGAAGUGUGCCGACAAGGAAGGAGAGAGGGAGGAAAACUAGAGACGGGUCCAUCCUCUCCACACUUUCCCUACCCACUCACUCCGUCUUUAGGACGCUCAUGCAGCAGCCUGAGUGUGACUCAGCGCUGGUACAGUCUGUCCUAUCCAUCUAUCUCCCUUGCAUCUGGUCCAUCCCGAGCAGAGAGCGCAUGCUGCCUGUCCACCAGCUCUCUAUGCUGACACAGGCCACCUGUUGCUCUGAUCACCGAAGGCCAACGGGUGAGCAUCGUCACCGUUGGUGGCCACAGUAUGCUGUGUUCCUGCGUCAACGGCGCAAUGGUGGAAAAUCUGGAACACGCUGAUGUUGUGUACUUAUCGUAUAACAAUGGUGUUGAGUGUGAUAAAGUUCUGGAAACUCAAACUGCCUGGCACCAAGUAUUUACAGCUGAGCUACAUUCCUUUCACAAGCGCUUCCAAAAAGGUUGUUUGAAAUGACAGCACGUUCAUAGUGAGUGUGUCCUCCAGUACCCCCGCUGCCUCCUAUCUCUGCUGACCCGAGGAUAAGCUCAUCAGACGACAAUGGCUCCACUCGAGACAGACGCAUCCCCCCCUCUCAGAGAUGGCGUGUGUCGGUGCUGCUCAGGCAUCCGGGGCCUAACGUGCACACGGAGAGGACCCCCAUCCCCCGAUUUGCUGCGUAUUCCUCGGGUGUCUCCUCUCGCUGUGUCCUCCACCACCGCCGCUGCUGCUGCUGUUGCCUCUCAGCUCUCCCCCCCCGCCCCACCUCCCUGUGCGGGUGUCUGGGAGUUGGGCCCUUGGGGGUGGAGGGAAUCAACAUCGUGCUUCGCUGGGGAGCCGUGCAGAAUUAGCUAUGCCCUGCCCAGGCAUCCUUUGACCGGCUGGAUUUCUCCAUUUCUGUCCACCUGCGCGCCAGAGGACGACAUAGGAUGAAAAUCUGCAAUCAUGAUGCAAGGACUGAAAAAUCGAACAAGGAAAGCCCUGGGCUUACGAAAGAAAGACAAGGAUACAGAAACGAGCUCACCUGACAAAGAAGGAAGUGGAAGCGGAAAGAAAGGAAGUAAAAAGUCCAAUGGAGCGCCGAAUGGUUUCUACGGGGAGAUUGACUGGGACAGAUAUGCGUCUCCCGACGUGGAUGAGGAGGGCUUUAGUCUCCGGCCCGGGGACGAGGGCGAUGCAGCUUCCAAGGGAAAGCAGUUUUUCUCCUCCAGCGACUCCGAGGACGACGAGGACAACAAGAAGAAGUUCAAAAUUAAGAUCAAGCCGCUGGUGUCGGACAGCGCCAAGUGUGUCCCCCCAUCUAUGGACGAGCUGAAGGCCUCGGUGGGAGGCUUGGCACUCUCACCGUCUCUGAAGAGAAGUCCGAGACGCAGCCCGGGGCAGAUAAAAAGGAAUUUGUCCUGUGAAGAAAUUGCUAGACCCAGACGCUCCACCCCUACGCCGACCCCCGCCCCUGACACGCCAAGUGACAGGCUCAUGCAGAACGUUCCUGCCUUUUUUGGGCCGCCUUCAGAGACCAAAUAUGCCAGAUACGACGUUGUCCCAACAGAAGUGUGGGACUCGAGACCACGGUCAGAUUCACCACUGAGCAGAAGUUUCCCAACAGGAGCUCCUCCUCCGCUUCCUCCAAAAAACAUUCCAUCGAGAAGUCAUUACGGCUAUCCUUCGGACUUUGCUGCCGAUCUACCCAAUGGAAGGGCAGCUCGCAGCUCGGCCCCCAUCUACCUGAACGUCCUGUCCCCCGCGUCGUACCGGGGCUCCCCCGGCCCUGACCUGGACGACGUGUUCGGCCCCAUGGACAGCCCUCGCACCAGUGACGAGACGGUGUCUCCCAGAUGGGUUACUUUCAUUGAGGACAGACCCCCACCGCCUGAUGAACCCGCUCCCCCUCCUCCGCCAGACUCUCCUGCCCCGGACACGCCCUCUUCCACCCCCUCCACCCCCUGCCCGUCUCCAGGACCGCCGCCGGACGAGCCCCCGCCUUCGCCACCCCCGUUUUCUCCCGGCUCCCCUCCUCCUUUCACGCCACCAGACUCGCCCCCUUCUAUCUUGCUCGGACCCCCUCCUCCGGACGAACCAGCCCCUCCCCUGCCUCCCAACUUCUCCCCCUCUAACUCGCCUCCUCUGUGCCUCGACGACGAUGCAAUCGAUGAGGAGGUGCUGCAGUUUGCAGAGUACUCUUCGUCCCCGGCCCCCAUCAGCCCCGUGCCUCCUCUGCCAGCAGAGCGGAGGUCACCCCGGGUAGGGGUCACAUCGCCGCUGGUCCUGGGGGGCGCGGGCGGAAAGAGGACUCCAGAGGGAGCAUACCUGAGAGAUGAUAUCCAGGACAUUGUGGGUUCACCCCGAGAGCUGAUGCCGAGCUUCAGGGGCACGCCGCCCCCUCUCCCUCCAACCACCUACAGGUCUAUCAUGUCUUCCCCAGGACCCUACUCAGGCAGCAGCCCCUCGUCUCCAGCUCGUCCUGCCACGCCUCAGUCUCGAGGCAGCCCGGUCCCCCCACCUCCUCCUCCUCGGCCGUCCUCGAGACCCAAGCUGCCCCCAGGGAAGCCCGUCACAGACCUGUCUCGGCCCUUCAGCCCCCCAGUUUCAGGCAGCCCCCCGCCUCUCGCCCCCCUGGCCCGGGCCGAGAGCUCUUCCUCCAUCUCCUCCAUCACCCUGCAGAGUGCAGCUUCCACCCCAACUUUAGGAAGGGACCUUAACAUGUCCACCACAGGAUGCUCCAGAGGACCCAGUCCGCUCACCAUGGGACCCCAGGACACUUUGCCGGUUGCAGCUGCCUUCACAGAAACCAUAAACGCCUACUUCAAGGGUGCGGACCCCAGCAAAUGUGUUGUGAAGAUCACAGGGGAGAUGGUGCUGUCCUUCCCUGCGGGCAUAACCAGGCAUUUUUCCAGCCACCCGACUCAACCCGUCCUCACCUUUAGCAUCAGCAACUACAACCGACUGGAGCAGGUCCUCCCCAACCCACAGCUGCUGUGCUGUGAACCCACAACGGACAGCGUCGACACCAAGGAGUUCUGGGUGAACAUGCCAAACCUGAUGAGCCAUCUGAAAAAAGUGGCUGAGCAGAAGCCUCAGGCGACAUACUACAAUGUGGACAUGAUCAAAUAUCAGGUGUCAGCUGAAGGGAUCCAGUCCACUCCUCUGAACCUGGCGGUGAGCUGGCGAGGCGACGCCACCAACACGGACCUCAGAAUAGACUACAAAUACAACACAGAGGCCAUGGCCGCCCCCGCGCCCCUACAUGACAUCCUCUUCCUGGUUCCUGUGGAUGGAGGCGAGGCCAAACUCCAGGCUAUGAUCCCCCCUGCCAUCUGGAGUCAAGAGCAGCAGACGAUACAAUGGAAAAUCCCCAGCCUCUCUCACAGAUCUGAAAAUGGAGGAGUAGGGGCUCUUCUAGGCCGGUUCCAGAUGACAGAAGGCCUCUGUAGACCCACCCAGCUGACGGUCCAGUUCACCAGCGAGGGGAGCACUCUGUCAGGGUGUGACAUCCAGCUGGUUGGGACUGGCUACCGGCUAUCGCUGAUCAAGAAGAGAUUUGCUGCAGGGAAAUACUUGGCGGAUAAUUAGUGGACCUGUUUGUGGACGGAACCAAAAGAAUCAAUGGCUUUCUGACUGUGAAGACUAUGGAUCCAUCCCAUGUUUAGUGCAUUUGAAACUGUACCUUUAGCAACCGUUGGAAAUAAUGGUUGGGAUUUAACGGAAUAACUGAACGACACACACACACACACAGAUGAUAUUUGACUUCAUAACAUCAUGAUCAGUAGACUGACUGCUGCUGAGUUUAUGCAAGUACAAAUCAUUAGUUUUGUGCACUUGAAACUCUUAUGGGCUUACAUGGAGUAAAAUAUAGGAAACCCCUGAUUCUUUGUUCCUGUUAACAUAAUUGUGGAUUCAUACGGUGAUCCAGCCUUAUUCAUUGCCAUUUCUUUCGUCUAACUGGUUGUCAUCGCAAAUGCACUGUAAAAGAUAAUGUGAAUAGAUUAUAUAAUAUUAAAACAAUCUUAAACAAGGUGGAAAAGAAUAGAAAAUGUAAAAAAAAAAAAACCUCCAAAAAAAAAAGCCAAGUGUAGUGUAGGGUUGCUUUGCAGUUAUAUUACAAUAAAUUAUAGGUUACAUGGUAAUAUGUGAUUUACACUGCCACCUCAAAUCAGACUUUUUCCCCACCAUGUGUGACUGGUCUCUAUCGUGGUCUAAGCAGAACUGAUGUUUCUGUGCGGCCUUUUCCAAAUGUCACAGCCCAUCCUGUCAGUGAUUAAAGGUGACUGGUCAGCUCGCAGCUCAAAAUGACCCGCAGCGCUGGACUAACAUCAGCACUUAACGCGAAGGUGCUUUUUAUAUGGAAUCAGCCUCAGUCCAGAUUGCAUGACGGGCAGUUUGACGAGCACAGCAAAAGAUUGUUUGCAAGCACAUACUUUUUCUUUUUUCUUUUUUUUUUUUUUUUAGAUUAAAAGUGGACAUAAUUACGAUUUGUAUGUUAAGAAUGAAUCGCAUCAUUACUUUGACACAAGCGAGGUUGCGCAAAGUGAGAAAGUUACAUAGAGUUGUCCAAAAUAAUAGUAUUGUUUAGUUCAUGGUUAGAUAUUAGAUAGUGGAUCAAAGUUAGCAAUUAGCUGGUGACCGCUGUGGAACAUUUAGCGACUGAAAAAAGAUUCAGAUGUAUGCCUCAGGAGCUGGUGGCAUCUAAAAACAGAGGGUGGAUACUGGAUGUAAAUCAGUUGCAAUGUUACCGCACAUUUGCUGGAUGUGCUUAUCCAUGUUAAUGGGCAACUUUUUGCUAAGUCAAAUUAAGGUCAACUUAAAAGAUGAUCAAAUGUCACUCUCGGCUGGUGUCCACUGCCCCCAAGUGGCCAAAGGAAAUCACUGUUCAGGGGGAUACAUUACUGAUGAAAACGCCUCAGCUGUGUCGCUGGCAAUAAUCAAGUUAGCCACCAAGCAUUGUUAGCUACUGUGUGUUUGGAGGAUAUUAGCUACCUACCUACCAAGACAGCUAGUUUGCAAGCUAAUUAAGCGCAGACUAGCCCGCUUACCAUUUUACUACUACCUACCUAGCAGAUAGGUUCGUUACGGUGUGUUUAUGUGGAUGAUAGCAAAUGUGAACUCAUUCAUUGAGUGCAGAAUAAUGGUUUGUUUCCUCAGAGUUCCAGCAGUUUCUUUACAAAAAAUAUAAUUUACAAUAUGUGCUUGCAGAUAUCUUUUGUGCUCCAAAUGUCCCACACUGUGAUCAGAACUGAAGUACACACAGUUAUGUGUAACGCUUUAUUUUUACAUGUGCAGCCUUUAACACAACUUUGGUGGCAUUUUGCCGCAAAACGGGUCUUGUGAGCGGAGAGCUGAAACUGUCACUUAAACCGGCCGCAGCAGUUUGACGUGCCGCAGAACAAAAUCAUUACCCACUUAGGGCACGUGCAAUGCCAAGAUGCAUCGAAUUUCCCACAACACAGGACUCCAGAGGUUUUCCGUGGUGGCGCGUGAAUGGGCCGACUUUUGUAACAAUGUGGCGAUAUUUGUGAAACUAACAGAAGCUGCUGCUUUCGCUGGAACAGUGCGGUUUGAUUUGUUCUGUUUGUUAUUACAGAAAUUAUGUUUGAAUGGGCCUUAAUAUGUAAGACGCAUACAGAGCCAGAUGUGAGUGCCAUAUGGUGGUGAGGGGGAGCUUUAAGUUUCAGGGGAAAUGUUAGAGGGGACCUGAGCUGACGAUUGUAGGAGUUGCCUUUGAUGCUGCUGAAAAAAAAACAAAAAACGUGGCCAAUUCCUUUGACCAUGAUGUUUGAUAAGAGUAUUAUGAGGGACGUCGCAGAGUAACGAAGGAGACAGCACUAUUCCCCGUGUCCUGUUUUAUUUUUCUUCCUUUUCCACCGUGUUGAAUAAAUGUUUUAUCAUUUUCUAAUAGCAAUAUUUAAAAAACUUAAGUGUAAAAAGUGUACAUAAAAAAAAGCUAUGUUUCAAAUAUUUCUCUGGGCAUAUGGACGUGUCUGUGAUUGUCUCUUGGUUUAUUGAUGUCAGCACUCAUAAUGCAUUAGGUUCUAUAUGUAACGACACCACCACUCGUCAUCUAUCGUUUUACAUGUGGGUUUCUUGUGCAAAAGAAAAAAAAAGUGUUACUGUUGAUGAAUAACUCCAAACGGUGCCGCAUGAAAUCUGCAUUUGUCCAUCACAGGUCUUUUCAACGCAAUACCGAUUAUCCAUUUCGAUAAGGUCAUGAUUUGUGUGUUACUGUAUCGUUGUGCUAUGAGAGGAGACUUUCUGCCUUCACUUAAACCUCCAAUCUCUGUUUUGCUGUUGUUGCACCUUUGGAAAAAAAAAAAAAAACCCAUUGUCAUUAAAUUUGGCAUGCAUUCAUCGAUAUUCCCAUCCCAUGCAUCUGAUAUAGGUGUUUGACAUUCUCCUGUGUUUGACUUGCACACAAAAACACACCUUAAAUUUCAUUCAUGAUUCGACGAUUCAUGGCUCCACGUCACCCCGCACACACGCAGAUACGUGUUUGAACGUCACGUUUUAUAGAAUGUUUUCAUGUGUUGACUCACAGUUUGGGCCUGGGUGUAACAUUUCAUUUAGCUCUUGGAAAAAGAAAAAAAAGAAAACAACAUGUGUUUAGUUUCUUUCAGUUGAUUAAGAUUAACAGCUCACAGUGUUUCUGUUAACAUUGCUUAUGAUUUUCUUUGCCUUAUUUCUGAGCAAGCGCUAAGUCCUCUGGUAUCGGAGGGCUUCUGUAAGUUUAUUUUUUCUACAACUCUUGGGCUGUAUUCCUUUCACUGCAUUAGACACAGAAUAUGCAAACAUUUCAUGUAAAUUUCCCAUCCAAAGAUUUUAAAGUAAAUAUAUGAAAAAAUCGAUAUAAUGUAAUACCUGUUUUACUUGGUAAUAAAGAAGAGGAAAUAUGA